ACAUUGACUAGUAGAUAGCUAGAGUGGAUCACGAAGAUGAAUACCCAGAAGUCAGGUUCAAGUAGCAAUGUCCUGCAAGGGAAGACCUUGCUGCAGAACCCAUUUGAAUUCAGUGAUGAACAGAUUCUGGAUAAUGUCUACAGAACCCAUUUUCAUUGUGUUGAGAAAUGCGAUGUAAAAUCUCUUCACAUCGUUGCCUCAACCGUCAUCAAUCACUCAAUUCAAAUCACAGACACCGUCAUUCAACAGGCUAGCCAACUCAGUGAGCGUUUCAGAGAAGAAACCAUAACGUCUCGACAACUUACUGCAAAGCUGAAGCGAAUUGCUUGUCAGAUGGUGUGCACUUCUCGUGGUGAACACUACGCGCAUCACACAACGAUGCUGAUUCUGGAACAGCUGAAAGCAUAUUCAUGGGAUGCGAAGGCACUGAUAGUUCAAGCAGCUUUUGCUCUGGAAUAUGGGAAAUUCUUGUAUCAUCCCCUGACGAGACAGCACGAAGAGUCUGAGAAAUCUCUGGCUGAUCUGAAUGGGCUUCUCGUGAUUCAGCAGAACAUUCAGCACUUGAGUUUCUUCAACAGUGUGGUGAAGAAGGUGAUGCAAGUGAUUGAGUGCAUCACUGAGUGGAAGAGGCUGACCAGUGCUGGCUAUGACAUCAAGGACGUGCCAACCUUGGCAGAGACUUUGCAUGAGAUUCCUGUUGUCGUCUACUGGGCAAUCUUCACCUUCGUCACUUGUACUGGUCAAAUUGAUGACUUCACCACUGACCACAAGGGUAACAAAUAUGAAUUAUCGAAAAACUUUGAGAACAAGCUUGACCUCAUUCUGAGAACUUUUAGAGAGCAUUUGGAAAUGUGUAGCACGGAGAUAGGGAGAAUAGAAGACUAUUCCAGACGUAAGAAUAUUAUCAUUAUUACUGGAAAAGAUAUUGUCAAGGUCUUGAGAGCACUCAUCAUCUCCACCGAGAACAGGGAUUCUAGACAUAAUGUUAUUAAUGGCCUCACUUUAGAACAGGUUAAAAUUGAAGAGUUUAAGAAGAAGCAUGUGUUGUUAUUCAUUUCUGGGCUUGAACAUAUUGAUGAGGAGAUUCAACUUCUUAAAAGUGUUUACGAGAAACUGAAAGAGAAACCAAGAGAAGUAGAAGGUUACAGGAAGGAGGAUUUCAAGAUUUUGUGGAUUCCCAUUGUUGAUGAAUGGAAUGAAGAUCGAAGGAAAACAUUAGAAACUAAAUUACAAAGAACCAAGUUUGGAUGGUAUGUGGUCAAACAUUUCAAUUUUGAAAUAGGCAUCAAGCUAAUCAAAGAAGUGUUCAACUAUAGUGGGAAACCUGUGAUCCCACUCAUAAGUCCUGAGGGUAAGGUGGAAAACAUUGACACAAAACAAAUUAUAUCCAUGUGGGGAAUUGAUGGAUUUCCAUUUAGAACCUCCGAUCACACUCGUCUCACUCAACAAUGGAAUUGGUUUUGGUCUGAAAUGACCAAGCUUAACCCAAGAAUCGGGGACUUGAUUGAAGAGGAUCGUUAUCUGUUCAUAUACGGAGGCUCAGACACUGUGUGGAUCCAAGAAUUCACGACUGCCAUAGAGAAAUUGAAGAGGGAUGUUGAGACACUAAGUUUGCAGAUAGACAUCACAGUAGACUCAUACCAACUGGGAAGGGAAGACCCUAAGAUUGUGCCACGCUUUUGGAUUGCCAUUGAUAGUUUGCUUGCAAGUAGGAAGCAACAAAUAAUGAAGGGUGGAAAUCAAGGAGUGCAAGACUUUGCAACAACAGAGAUAAAGAGGUUGCUCUUCCUAAAACAAGACCCUAAGGGAUGGGUCAUUCUUAGUAAGGGAUACAAUGUGAAGCUUUUAGGUCAUGGUCAGGCUAUGUCUCGCACCGUCAAGGACUUGAGCUUUUGGCAUGUAAAGUUGCAUGAAGAAGUGUGCUUUGAUGUUGCUUUCAAAGAGUACUAUGAGAGCAUCAAGGACAAGACUAGUCCAAGAAAAUGUGAACAUAGUGAGAUUUCUAACUACCCUUCUGAUAUAUUGGCUCAUAUACCUUGCCCUAAUAUAGAAUGUGGACGUUCCAUGGAAGUAACUUCUGUUAAUUAUAGGUGUUGUCAUGGUCUUGAUCCAUAGACAAUGUUACUCAGCUUGCGAACCCACCUUUUGGUUUAAAUUUCUGUUGUGUGUUUAUUAUUUAGGUUUUAGCUACUUGCUUGUCAAGUAGUAGACAAUAAUAAUUUUCAGACUGCUUGUAA